UAAUGUAAUUAUCACAAUAUGUAAAUAUUGUUUCUGCGAUGACGGCAUUUACUCAGUUUGGUGUGAGAUAUCCGACAGAAGACGUGAAAAAUUGCGCAGCUCCACAGUAUGAUUGUGAUGUGUGUACCGAUGGUUGGCUAAAUGGCAUGGUGUGUGAUGAUCCAGUUGAUGUAUUUGCUGAGAAUAAAGGAUUGUAACGAUUGAUCGCGAUUCAUAUUGCGCAAGGUAACAACCAUCGAGCAAUGUGGUUUGCGAGUUUCCUGUGGCUGCUGUUGUGUUACUCGCAGUACGGGAGAGGCACCCUCUUAGAGGACUACGAGGAAAUCACCAGAAACAUGCUGUCGCCGCCAGAGGACAAGUACUCCAAGGCCCUGCCUGUGGAGAUAGGCAAGGAUAAGGAGUCGGGGUGCCUGUGCAGAGCGACCAAAGGUAGAAAGACGAUUGUGUGCUUCGGGAAUUACGAGUGCAAGAAGUUUCCAAAGCUUACUUGGAGAUGCGACAAUUUAUUGCUACGCACCACCGUUAUCCAAGAAAUUCAUGUUGGUGAGCUAGAUUCCCUUUAUUUUUUAAAAGACCUAAAAUUGGAAGCCAAUUACCAGCUCAGAUACAUCCAACCGGGCGCCUUCCAGAAUCUGACAGAGCUGCAAAAUCUCACCAUCUCCUACCACACACAUUUAGUAACGCUCCAUAAAGAUUUGUUCAGGGGAUUAGUGAAUUUGGAGGAACUGACUCUCAUUAACAAUGGAUUUGCGAAUAUCGUUCAAAUAGUGCCAGCAUUUUUACCUAAUAAUCUUCCUUCUCUCAGAAUGCUGGAUUUGUCAAAGAACCUUUUUGAAGAAAUACCAGAAAACACAUUUAUUCCAAUGGAAGGUACACAGCUCGAAAGACUGCAUCUGAAAUUAUGUAGGAUCGAUUAUAUUCAUCCCAAGACUUUUUUGCCAUUAAAACUACUUACACAUUUAGAUAUCGGUAGCAAUGAGUUAAAUUGCAGCAUAAUAAGCGGAUUUCUUGGGGAAAUGUAUACUCAUGAUGUCAAUUUAACCUACCUAGAUUUGUCAGACAUGGGAUUCAGGAAAAGAAUUCCGAUGAAACUUUUAAACCUAAUCGCUAACACCACUAUAAAUACGCUGAUGUUGGCGUACAAUCAAUUCGAGAUUCUAACAGAUGACGCUUUUCCUGUCAUGAAAAAUAUUCAGACGAUCGACUUGAGAAAGGUGUCGGCGAUAAGCAUAGGAGCCGAGACUUUUGCACCAGAAAAGUUUCCCAAUUUGCGAAUCCUAUUACUGGGAGAGAACAACUUGCCAGGGAUACACAUAAAACAUAUCCCCAAUCAACAGGUGAGAUUCUUAGACUUAUCUGGCAACAAGGGACCGCCGUCCAAUCCUAUGUACUAUGAAAUAGACAGAGACGUAUUUAUCAAAUGUGUGUCGUUGGAGAUUCUUAAUUUGUCUUUCAAUAGAAUCAAAUCGAUUUACGACUACACAUUUAUUGGUCUUAAAAAUUUGAAAAUACUAAACCUAGAGAACGGAACGAUUUAUUUCAUGGGUCCCGGAACUUUUUCGCCGUUGAAGCACUUAGAAAAUCUAAAUUUAGCCAACAAUAAUUAUAUCACUGACCGUCAUAACUUGACCAGUGCAAUUUUCGAAGGUCUGAAUAAGCUAAAGGUUUUAAAUAUGAAGAACUGUGGACUAAAACGUCUUUACGAUGAUGAUAACAUAUUCAAAAUGAUGCCGAACUUAACACAUUUGAUACUUAAGAAUAAUCAAAUUUCUUACAUCACCGAUAAAUUGCUAGAGCCAUUAAAAUUGUUACAAUUUUUGGAUUUGAGUGAGAACUUAAUGGUGUCAUGGUGGAGACCUGUGUUCACUACAUCUGGUGUACGUCUCCAAAGUCUCCUGUUAACGAAUAACAAAAUAUCCGAGCUCACGAAAUUUAUGAUAGAUGAUUUAAUUUAUUUACUUCGCAGCAAUUUCACUGUGGAGAUAGAUUUUUCGGACAACGUUUUUGUGUGUGAUUGUAGCGCCAUGUACAAAACCUAUAUCGCAAUGCAAGGUCUAUACGGAGGUUUACUCGAAAAUUAUAUCGACAAUUCAAAUAUGCUAUGCAGCACUCCCGACGUUUGGGAAAAUCAUAAAGUGUCAGAAUACAUUUCAACGAUUAAAAAUUUACAUUGCAUAAUGUACAAAAAGGUUUCCAAAAUCAUGCUCCUAGUUUGGACUGCACCGUCGCUAUUCACUUUAAUUUUUAUAUCUUCUAUUGUAAUUGUUAUUUUCAAACACAGGUUUUACGUCAAAUAUUGGCUAUUUUUGGCCAAAUUGGCUUUAGGAAGAAGAUUUAUUAAAACGCCAGUGAAUAAUGAAAUAAUGAAAAAAGUGGAAUACAAGUACGAUGCAUUUAUAUCAUACUCCAAUGAAGACAGAGAUUUCGUAUCAGAAAUGGUGUCAAAUUUAGAGGGAACCCCACCGUAUCUUAAACUAUGUGUCUAUGAAAGAGAUUUUGAAAUAGGCUCCUUCAUAUCAGAGUCGAUAUUAUCAAGUAUAAACGAAAGCAGAUAUGUAUUGUUAGUUAUAAGUGAAAACUUUGCUAAAUCUCAAUGGUGUCGUUGGGAGACGCAACUCGCAGAGUAUCAUAGGCUAUUUUUAGAAGAUGGGACAGUUUAUGAUCCAUUGGUGCUGAUUAGGAUAUCGGAUAUUGGUAUUAAGUAUAUGACAACAACGCUGAAGUUUCUUCUGAAGACAAAAGUUUAUUUAACUUGGAAUGAAAAUAAGUCCAAUGAGUUUUGGGAGAAACUAAGAAAAACGUUAACGAAAAACAAACAAUACCCAAGUUGAUUUUUAAUGUAUUACAUUAAGAAAUUGUGCCAAAUAGCUGCUAAUAAACCAGCAACUAUUUUGAACGAUUGUGAUGAGUCAUAUUUGCUAAUUUGCUAAGAAUAUCAUAGAUUUCGAAAUUCAAAAUAAUACG